AUGUUCGAGGUUUUCACACACGGCAUAACUUUUCUAAACCUAUUAUCAUUAGCCGCAUUUUUUACAACCGUUGGUCUGUUCUUCUGUGGAAUACCUAUCUGCCGACAAAUAUGGAAACGGAAAGACACGAAGGAGAUUUCUGGCGCACCAUUUUUGAUGGGAGUUUUAGGAGGUUGCUGCUGGAUGACCUAUGGUUAUCUAAAGAAUGAUCAUACUGUCCUGAUUGUGACAGGUUGCCAAGUAACACUUUACUCUAUCUACACAGUAUUCUACUGGUUUAUGAGCAGAGACAAGUUGUGGAUUACGGUAAAAGUUGGAAUUGUGGCGGCAAUGUGCACUUCACUAAUACUUUCGGUGAAGUUUUUCGGGAUGAAAGUGUUUCAUCCACUGGGAAUUGUUUGUAUGACACUUAAUAUUGCUGAUUUUGCUGCUCCACUUGCUGGAUUGCGGGUUGUUAUUCGACGCGGGGCCACCUCGACCCUACCACUACCCCUAUGCAUCGCAAAUUUCAUGGUCUCAUCCGAGUGGUUCCUCUACGGACUUCUCGUCAAAGACGUCUACCUCAUCACACCCAACGGAAUCGGCUCAUUCCUGGCUUUUUGCCAGCUCUUCCUUUUCGUUCUUCUCCCCCGCAAACCGGGUCAGCGUUCAUUAUUCACACGAAUGUUCGGCUGCUGUGCACCUACCGAAAAAGAAACCGACCUGGAAGCACCGACAAAAGAAAUCAUUCCCGAAACACCAGAAGAGGAUGAGGACUUUGAGCCAAGACAUCUUUCACGAGCACAACGUUGGUCGAAGAAGGUGUUAUCGAACAUGAACACUGUUGCUGAAGAGAUCGAGCACGUUAUUGGCAGAGCUUCAAUCCAUCAUCAGGACCGUCCCACAUUUGCGUAUUCCCAAACCAUCGACGAAGAUUCUUCAUCUGAAAAGGACAGUACAAUCGAAAAAGCUACCGGAAAGAAGAUGUUGGCUGUUCUUCCGGAGCGUGACGGUCUCGUACUCGACCCAAGUAACCUCGCCCAACGACUUGGUGCUUCUCUUCGACUCACCCCCGAACAACAAGCCGCAAAAAUUCGCCGUAUUCUCAGUUUACCUGACCUGAGUAAAAUACAAGAGUAACUGAAGAAGUUCUGCUACGGGAAUGCGCGGCGGGGUGGGAAAUCCAAAUCCAGUGAUAAUUCUCUAUUUGUGUUCUGAUUAUUCUGGACUUCAGCAUCUUGUUUUUAUUAGGAUAUUGUUUAGGCUGGGAUUUCUUCCUUUCCCAGCAGACCUGUUCACCUCUUUGGCGAACCAUGUUUUAUGCACUUUUUGGUGAAUUUUUUCUGAACACAUUAUUUUGAUGCUACAGUAACGUCUACUGUGUAUUAUAUGUAUGUGUGUUUACUAUUUCAUACUUUAUCAGUCAUGAGUUAAGGCAUGGUGUGUGCCUGUACAAUGACCCCCGUGGGUCUGCUUUACUUCCUUUCUGAAUCUGUGCAAUAUUGCGUAAUAAUAAUACUGAUGCGG